GUUGUUGUUUAUGUGUCAAUUAAAGUAUCACAUAUGAUAAUUAAUUAAUGAUAAAGUCAAUAAUUAAUACAAAUUAAUUGCUUUAGUUAAUCUGAAUAAAUAAGGACUCAGGAAACGUUUAAACCAUAUAGUGAAGUGAAACUUUCAACGAUGAGCAAAGAGAAUACUUCCAAAAAGCUAAUUCGAUCUAAAUCAGGGCUGAGAAUUGUUGCUGCAGAUGAAAACUACGAAAGCCCAUUUCAUCUCUGUGAACCUCAGUGGAUCCCAGACAAAGAAGCCCCAGCAUGUACCAGAUGUGGUAUCAAAUUUGGAUUUACUACAAGGCGGCACCACUGUCGCCGUUGCGGUCAGAUCUACUGCAGUGGCUGUUGUGACCACAAGCUAGAUUUGCCGAGGAUGUGCUUCAUAGACCCUGUCAGAGUCUGCAAGAACUGCACACCAGCCACACUACAAGAGAACAAGUUCUUUGAUCAGCAGCUUAAAACACUCAUAAAUGGUGCUACUUUUACAUUGGAGACUGGUCAGAUUCACUCGUCCAAUGAUAUUCUUCAGUGCAAGCUGUCUCCAGAUCACAGACAAUUGCUGUUUGAUGGAGUCAAGCUGGCCCCACUAGACCUGAUUACGAUUCAAGCACUGCAGGUUGACAAGGAUUCUGUGACGGCAACCAUAAAUGAGGAAGAUGAACCAGGAAUGAGGUCCGUAGAAAUAGAGUUCAGUGUUGCCAACACUGGGGAGAAAAGCACUGUGAAGCUUGCCACUACGUCAGAACUGGAACAUCGUAAGGCUGGUGUGUCUUGGAUCGCUGCUAUGCAACAGGCUUUCAAGAUGCUUCAAGACUACCAGGCUGAACUCUGGUUGAAUCUCCAAAAGGAAGUUGGUAGUUGAAGCAUGAUAGUGGCAGCCUACAGAAAAAUCAAGAUUAACAUAAAAAACGAUAACAUCAAAAACAGUAACAUCAAUUCCAACAUCAUCAACAACUAGAGGUGAUCCAAAUUAUGAGAAAUGCUCUUUGUCAACAAGUAUCUGAAUACUUUGAAACUAAAGUAUCGACUUUUGAGUAUUUAUAUUUAGUACAUUGUGUAUCGGUACUGAAAUAGAUCAUUUAGGACUCAAAUAUCAAAGUACCAUAAUAAUAUUCUUUUGUCUGUAUUGGUUAAUAGUAUACGGAUAUGUAGGACAGUAUAAACAGUGAACAGUUUAUUUCCAAAGCCAUCUAUCAGUUUAUUAUUAUCAAAGCCAUGUACCAAAUUGAUGUAAACCACAAACAUAAUUCAUUGAUGUUUUGAUAUCUGUUCUGAAAUACUUUCUCUUUAUAAAAUUAACUGGAGCAUGAGCACUAAGAAACAAUCAUUUAAUUAUCAGCAUCUAAUUAAUUUUUAGUGUGACUUAAGUGAGUAUGGUAGUACAGUAGACUCCCUCUUAUCCGGACACCUUUUAACCGGACAUUGGUUUAACCGGACUACACUCGGCGGAAAUGACAUCUCUUUAACCGGACAAUUUUUAUCAGCACAUUGGUUUAACCGGACUAGAUCGGCAGGAAGUGGGCGGUACUGAAACGACUGUUCUCGUGGGAAAGAUUUGGGACCAGUGAUCACGUGUCUAAAUACAAUGCUCUCCAAAAUUUAAGUUGAAUAUCACAGUAAACGGUCCGUUUUAACAAGUUUUUGGGGACGUCGGUUUAACCAGAAAAACAGUUUUCCGGACUGGCCUCGGUCCCAAGGAGUCCAGAUAAGAGGGAGUCUACUUACAUAAUUUACCCACAAGUGCAUAUACUCACUCAAUAUACUCGAGAAGUCAUUAUAAGCAGGCAACACUACUGAAAUAUCUUUCAGAACUGUUUUCUUUGGAUAUCAAACAGCUCAAAAGGCUACUUGUAAAUAACUCACAAACUUAAACACACACACACACUGCUUCGUCCAUCGUCUUGUAAACAAAUAGGUCACAAAUUGUUUGUAUUGCAUUUUUUGGUAGCUAUAGAUUUGAUUUGGUAUUCCUUUGCUGUUUAGUAGGCUACCAUAGUUAACUUACGUUGAAUAUGUGUAGUUACGAAGCGUGUAGAUUUAUUUUUGGUAAAACUUCUGGUGGUUUUGACUUUAUAGCUUGAACAAGACAUACAAAAGGAAUUUUACAGUACAAAUUCAUCCUAACUCAGUAGUUGAUACUUUUUACCAGUACGUUGUAAACUGUACUGCCUAGAAACUGUUAACACGUUAGCUGCGGCCAAUCAAUGGCAGGUGUUGAACAAACCUGAUUACCGGGCGAUUGGCUUUCAAAUUUCGGGUCUGACGAAUAGCAAAUAACGUGCGGUGAUGUACUGCGUUACGACGAGAGCCAACAUAGUUUCCUAAAACACCCACAGAUUGUAGCACAGCAUGGAAUGUAGCCAUUGUAUUGCCGAUUGAAGGGAGAAAAAUGGGACAAAAAGUUGAUUUCUAAGCUUGCCAGAUGGGGAUUUUAGGGGGAAAUUUAUUAUCAAUGUACACCAUAACAAAAAGCAAGUCACACACUGCACGCUAACGUGGUAUAGGCCUGUCAUGGACCGACACUAGGCUCACACCGAGCAACAGAAUAGGGCCUAACAGAUUGAUGCACUGCAGUGUAGGUCAGUAUUGACGUGGCAGCAUGAGGGCUGCAAUCGCCAUGGGUCAGUACUGACCCAUCUGCAGCGAACCUGUUAAGAUCACCUCUAUUAAUAAUAAUAACAAUAGCAUAGUCUACAAACAUCAUUAUCACAUCACAUUGUACAAGUAGAUACUACGAAAUCUUUAUCAUAGUAAUGUAAAAAAUAUUGAGUAGUAAAUUAAUAUAUUACAAAUAAUAGUAAACUUUACAGAUUAUUAUAUUCAUAAGGUUUUACAUGAUGUUUAGACAGUUACAGUUUUAAUAUUUUUACCUAGAUGCUAGUUUUUCUAACAGUCCUGGCACAACAUAUAUAUAUUUUUAAUAAUAUUUGUUGUCUAUGAACUUUUUGUAACCAUAUGUUGAUAUUUUUAUAUUCUUAUUUAAGGUUGGUGUCAUUUUGUGUGAGGAAUAGCUGAAAUUCAGCUUUAGAGGCCAUACAUUUGAUUUAUUAAUAUAUAUUUAUCUGUAAGGCCCAGUACAGAGUACAACUCUUGCAGUUACAAAAAGGAAACAAACCUAACUGAUAGUUUUACAUACGUCUGUAAUAAGACAUAUUGAAGAACAGUAUUUUUCUGUGAAGAUGUCAAACUAGCGGCCAAUGUCUAAAUGUAAAUGUUAAUGCUCAAAUCUGAUGCCAAAUUUAUGUUAUGAAACGAGGUAACUUGGUUUUUGUAUUUUUUUAGGUUUGAAUUUUUUUAAUGGUGUACUGUAUUAUGUAUGUAAUUUAUGUUAAAAAAUUUUUUAGGUAAACAGCACGGGAGUUAUUUGAUUGAUUUUUAAUCGUACCUUUGACUAUUUAGUCAAUGAUCGUACUUUACUUUUCAUUAUGAAAUAGCCAUAAUGCCUUAUUAUCAUGUAUUAAUAUUUAUUUAUAUGUUUAACCUUUCUAUAUAUUUGAAUAUUUUAAUGUAUGAUUAUUUAUAAUACUUGUUUUAUAUUUUAUAACUUAGUAUUUAGGUUUUAACUUGUUAAAAACUGUUGAACGAAUGUUGAAAAGGUUUAAGAUUGUUAACUAAUGUUGUCUAUUACCUGAACUUUUGGUUUAGUAGCCUAUGUAGCCCAUAUAGUAGCAUAUUGUAUCCAGUUUCUGUUAUAAGAUUUUUUAUUUUACUAAAUGCAGAUAGUUUAAAAAUUGAUGAUUUACUUUCAACAUUCAACACAUGUUAGUUAUGGGGCAUAUGCACUUUUGUGGGAUUUUGAAUGAAUCAAAACUGUAUGAUUGGUGGCCAUAGAUAGGUAAUGACAAGUAGAAUCGUGUACUACCGGAUGAUUUGACUGAAAGUGUGGCCUAGCUGGUGUUUUGAUCCGCCAUAUUGGAUAUUAUUAAAAUUUUUUAAAUGAAAUGAUAGUAAUGUGACACAUCAUUAUAAACUAAAUUUUCACACUUAUUUCAAUGCCGAAAACCGUUUUGAAAUAUCUUUUUUUGUUUGGAAGAUGUAUUCAAAUUAAAACUCUCACCCAUAAAUUUCUAAUGGAUGUUUUGUACAUUUUCUAAGAUAAUUGUUCUUAUACUUUCAGUUCUUAUAAAGGCUUGCAGUUCGUUCUAGCAAAUGUUUGGUUUUGAAUUUUAUUGAUCACAAAAUGGAAUCUGACUUAUUUUAAAACGGACCUUCAUUAAUAUUUAAUUAUUUUUAUACCAAAAUUAUUUUUUCCUUAGUUAAAGACAUACAGGGCUGGUCAUCAGUUACAACAAUUCAUUGGUGAAAGUACAAAGUAAAUGAAGUGUGAUAAUGCAUAAAAGAGUUUUCAAUUCAAAAAAUUGGCUUCGCAAAGAAUUAUUUAAAUAAUUUCUAAAAUAUCCAUGAGAAAUUUCUGUAUUGUGUUUAAAACAUGGUUAUUUUAGAAAAAGUUAUCUUAUUAAAUAUACCUACAUAUCGUAUCAAUGUACCAAUAAAUAUACUGUGAACGCUUUUAUUUAAAGAGUGAUAAGUGAAGAGUUUUGAAAAGGCCUUUCUCAAGUUCUAUAAAUAUUUUUCUACGGUUUUGUAAUACUCUGAGAACGUUUUUACGGGUAAGGUAGGUAACAUAAAAUAUUUUUACAUAUAGUUAAAUAUUUUCCUCUGUUGUAACAGUGUUUUCAAAAGGUUGUUAACAUUAUUUUGGAGAUUAAAGCACGCAGUUUCUUCUUAGCCUGAUUGUUACAUUACCAGUGUUGAUAAAUGGCUGGAUAUUAUUUAAGUCUAUAGUUUAAUGUAGUUGCUGCUUAAAUUACUUGUGAUGGUAUAGUACUUUUAAUAAACAAUUACUGACUGAUAUACACAGAUUAUUUUUACAAAUACAGUACAACCCCGCCAAUCCGUCACCUACGAGACCGGCACCAAACAGUGAAAUGGUUGGAUUAUUGUAGGAGUGUAUUAAUUUACCAAAUUAAUUGCUUAACUGACAUUUAUUGAUAGUGUGCGAUCGCGGAAGACGAUGAUAUUCUUCCCUUGAUCGCAGAAGAAGUUUAGUAUUUUCCUAGGAUCGAAAGGAGACGAUGAUGAUGGUGAACUUAGGGGCACAUUUAUGUUUUACAGUAUAAAUUAUUCAGGAGUUUGCCGCAAUCACAGAUAAGACACAUAUUAACGUAAAAGUUUCUGUUACUAAUGGAGACGUUGAUGUCCUUGCGAGUUCAGGAGAUUUUAAUUAUUUUUCCGCGAUCGCUGAAGAAGAUGAUCAUGUCCACACGACCGCGGGGGAAGUUUGGGUUUAGUUCAGCCUUUUGCCGCAGUCGCCGAAGAAGAUGAUGAUUUUUUCACAACAGUGGGAUUUGUCUAGGAUUUGUCCAUAAUCGAGGAAGACAAUGAAAAUAUGUCUCUGUGGAAAUGUUCAAUAUUUUCCCACGAUUGCGGAGGAUGACAAUAAAUGUUUCCAUGAUAGCAGGAAAUUAUGAAGACUUUUCUGUAGUCACGGGGGAUGAACAAGAUUUUGCUGCAAUUGUGGGGGACGGUGAUGAUCUCCACACGUCUAUGGCAAAUUAUUGUCACAAUUUCACAGUGAUAACAUUGUCUCUGAUAGACGAUGGCCCAGUCAGAAUAAGGGAGGACUAGCCGAGGUAAAAUUAGCGGGGUUCUACUGUAUACUCACUCAUCUUCAGGAUUUAUUUUUUCCAAUACUGAAAUGUUUUCAGUUUUUAUAUAUUUUUACACAAAAAUUGUAUAUCUUCUACAAAACACUUAGUGAUUAAGUUUGGAAGUUUUUCAUCUGAUUUUUCAGCCCUUACAUAGUGUAAUCAUCAUUAUUUUAUUUAUAUUUG